GGGCUGUAUGGACGUAAAGCCCUAUGACAGCGGAAGUGACCGCUCGGAGGCGUACUCUGAACCUGGGAUCAAAAUACUGUUGUUAAUAGCAGUUUUUCAUUCCGAAUAUCGUUCUGAAAAAGUGUGACUAUGGCAACAGAAGGGGAACCAACAGACUUGGUCAAAGUGUUGCACCUGCUGGUGCUCUCUUUCACCUGGGGUAUGCAGGUCUGGGUCUCCUUCAUUGGAGGUUUUGCAUUGGUGAGGCAGGUGACUCUGCACACCUUUGGUCUGGUCCAGAGUAAGCUCUUCCCUGUGUACUUUUACUGCCUGCUGGGGAGUAACUUUGUCAGCCUGGCUGUGUUUGCUGUGUACCACCCCAGAGAGCUGCUGGAGUGGCAUGAAAGUUUGCAGCUGCUUCUGUUCUUUGUGGCGCUGAUCCUGGCAGGUCUCAAUGCCCAGUGGUUUGGCCCAGCAGCCACUGAGGUGAUGUUCCAGAUGAGGGCGGUGGAGGAGGAGCACGGCUUGGGGAACCAGAUCGGUCUGAGCAGUCAGCGAGAGGCUUAUGCCAAACUCAAAGAGCAGGACCCCAAGUACAAAGCCUACAGGAGCUCAUUUGGACGGUACCACGGGCUGUCCAGUCUCUGCAACCUGAUAGGGUUCCUCUGCACCACAACCAAUUUGGUCUUCACUGCUCUGAAUUUAUCCACCAUUUAGUAGGUUAAAUAUCCAGCCAUAAGGUCCUCAGACCUUCAUCAGCUAAAGAUUUAGAGACUUGAUCUUACAGGAUGAAAAUCAGAUGGCAGAAACAUCUUGAACAAUAAUUAUAAGUGGUAAAAAAUGUGACGGAUGCUUUUGGAAUGAGAUGGAAAUUGUGUAGACUUGAUUACAUUCAGUUUUCAUUCACCCAAGUGUGUCAGAGUGCAGCAGUGUUUGCUUCUAACCACUUAAAUGAGCAGAAAAGAAACGACACCCUCUCUCAAUUCUAAUGUGUUAGGUUUCAGAACAUAAGAAAGAAACCUCUGAUCUUCACCGGAGCUUAAAAUAAGAUUAAUACAAGUUCAGAUUAGCAACAUGUGACACAUUACACUAUCGUUAUUUAUUUAACAGAAACUGAACCAAAAUGCAGAAGCAGCGUGUGAUGAUUAAGCAGCUUGUAGAGCCACCUGCAGCAACAAUAACUCAAUCAUUUUAACUAUAAUGUUAUCAGGCUUAACGCAUCAGCAUAGAAGAAUUUUGUCCACUCUUCUUUAACAUGUUUCAUCAGUUCAGUCAAGUUUGUGCUCAUCAGACAGAUGGCUUCACACUGGACUCUGGAAUACAGAAGAGUUCAUGUUCAACUCAUUAACUACAAGAUGUCCAGGUCCUGUGGCUGCAAAACAUGCCCAAACCAUCACUCCUCCACCACAGUGCUUGACAGCUGGUGUGAGGUGUUAAGACCAAGCAUCUCCACUUUGGUCUCAUCUUUCCAAAGGGCAUUGUUCCAGAUGCCUUGUUUGCUCAGAUGCAGCUUAGCAAAGCUAAGCUGUGCUGCCACGUUCUUUUUAAAGAGAAGAGACUUUCUCCUAAACCCUCCCAAACAAGCCAUACCUGUUCAUUCUUUUUCUAAUUCUAAUGUCAGGAACUUUAACUUUUAACAUGCAAACUGAAGCCUGUAGAGUCAGAGAUGUAACUCUUGUUUUUAUAUAUAUAUAAUUUUUUUCUCCUCCGUUAUUAAGUCCGAUCUGAUUCAUGGGAAGCAAAAAUCGCUCCUUUGAGAUCAUCGUUGAUGUCUUUCCUCCACGGCUUUGCACACUGCUAAAAUAGAGCAAACUGCCAAAGCUUUUCCUUUCACACAGGUGCUUGAUGAUCAUUUAAUUCAUUAAUUUGAUUAGUGGUAUUUGGCUGUAAUUAUAAGCUGGAGGGGUUUGCUUUGUUUUUCACACGCUGCUUUGCUACUUGCACUUAGUUUUUUUUCUCAUAUAAGUAAUGAGAGUGUAAUAUGUCACAUUUUUAUUCAUCUAAGAGGAUGUAUUUAGCAAAUAUUAGUACCAGUUAAGGAAAUUAUUUUCCUGAUACAUAAAACUUUAGAUUUACUUGAGGCUGUCUCUGAGCUGCUCACACAUUUGGCUGUUAGUAAGAAACUUCUGAGCUUAUUAUUUGAAUAAUGUGACUCACAAUGUAAGAUGUAUUUUUAUAUUUUUUAUUUUUCAUGACCAUAAUGAAUCACAACUCCCCCUGUUAUUAAAUUUGCUGUUUGUUUUUUGUUUUUUUUUGCUGUGUUUUUAAAGGAAACAUCCAUACUUGUGGUAUCAUGUGUGCAGUUUCUUCUCUUCACCAGCAGGGGGUAGUGUUUAGACAGAAUUUUAAGUUCACACAUCUUAGCAUUUCAUUUGUACAAUGUUGUGCCUGAUUAUACUGCCACAAAAAUAUAUAUUUUAUUAUCAUCUACACUGUUCAAUUAAUGUUAAGAUUAAGCUGUUAAACAGAGUUGUAUUCUUCCAUUUUUUUUCUCACUGGUAUCUCUGAAAGUGUUCCAGCUCAUGUUCUUGUGUGAACUGUUGAUGAAUACGAUUUUAAUCUAUACGCACUAAAACCAAACACCUGUGUGAUCGGAUGGGUUUGGAGAGGCGCUGUCUAUUUAAUCCCUUUUGUUUCACACUAAUGAGAGGAGCCAGACCCAACAAGCAGUGCCUGGAUUCUGAAUAGGCAGGUUUUAAUGUGAUUACUGCUGAUGCACAUCAGGUUUCAAGAGGAACAUCCUUGAAGGCAGAGAACAGUGCUUUGCUGGCCCGGCUACAGGAUCAGGGAGACGCUGUCCCCAUUGCAGUUAUAGCAGCACUAAUGGAUUUUAAUGGACUCAUUUCAAUAUGAAAUGCAUGAACUGAAAGUAAAUGGAUGAGGUUUUCCCAAAUGCAAAUUAAUGGUCGCCCUUUUUCAGCUUGUUUUCCAUCAUAGCCAAUAAAAAUAUGAAGAAUGUACUGCAAAUAUACAGUGUGUAUAUAUAUAUAUAUAUAUAUAUAUCAUGUUUGUCGCCUUACUCUCAGGUCACAUACAGUACAAGGAAGUUAGAUGCGUCUUGAGGAAGCAGAUCAGCUACCUGUUGUCUGGCAUCAGGAAACAGGCUGUGUUUAAACAGAACAAGUUUGUCCACUCAUCUGUUCAUUUAUAGAUGCCAGAGAGAUUUCAGAUGAAAUGUUUACAUCCUCAGUGCAGCUUGAACAGUUGGCUAGUAUAACUCGGUAAAAACAAACAUUAUAAAAAUGAAGCAUGAGGGAAACAUAUCACUGUUAAUAUUCUUCCACUCUGUAUGAAAAUCAAGAUACAAGAAAGUGGGGGAACAAAAGGAAGUGAGUGACUUGCACCAGACAACUUCCACUUGUUCCACCUCAUUCCUGACUCACAGGGAAAUGGAUUAUGCUUUUUCUGGGAUACAGCAGCAGAUGCAU